AUGAAGUGUAGAAAGGUUUGUUCAAAAACUCUCUUAUCUAUUUCUCUAACACCUGUUGGAAGAACCAUAGACAACUUUACUAGGGACAUGAGCCUGGUUAAAAGUAAUCCGACACUUCUACAAACAUUCUAUGACUAUAUUUCGAUAAAGUACGGAGUUAAAUGUGAGACAGGAAUCGACUUGGUGGAAAGAGUGGUGAUGGCCGAUGGUUUCAAGCAUCUUCUAGAUGCGAAGGAUCCUACUAAUGAACUUAUAAAUAAGAAGAUUCUUCUAUAUAGAUGGAUUAGUCCAGAACACUUGGAACUUAAGAAUACAGAGAGAAGUGUGCUGGAAGAUAUCUCUAGGGAGUUUAGAGGUAUCACCUCCCUGCAAACACCGACUGAAAAGAUAACUCAUAUGAUGGGGAUAAUGGAAAAGUUGUGUGAUGUAGUUGGAAGAACCGAAGGCCAGGACAUAAUCCUACCAUCUAUCAUAUAUUGCAUUAUAAAGUCGUCUCUUCCCAAUAUAUAUUUGGAAGUUAGGUUCAUGGCUCUUUAUAGAAGGAAGAGCAUGGAAAAGUGCAAAGAAAGAUGCAAUCACGGAUUUAGUAUCGAUGCCAGCUGUGAGUGUUUCUCCAGCAGGCCAUACGAUGAGAAGGAGGUAAACUAUUAUUUAACAUCAAUGCAGGCGGCAGUAGAAUUCAUAAGAAAAAUGGAAUUUUAUGAUCUAAAAAUCAGUGAAGGAGAAUUCUAUGAAAACAUGAUGGAUGCGGUAAAGCUCGUAAAAGAUAUUUGA